AUGCCCAUUACACUUGCGGUGUCCAUUAAAGGAAAAUGGGACUUCAGUGAUGUCAUUUGCCAGCUUCAAGGAAGUUUGAUUUCACUUUUUUCAACUGUGUCACUUCUCACUCUCUGUAUGAUCGCCAUUAAUCGCUAUGUAAAGAUUACUCGGUCUGCUCCUCUCUACAGGAGAUUAUUCAGCAAAGGGAACGUUUUGUGCUCCAUCGCACUAUCGUGGAUUGUCACAGUUUUUCUCAAUUAUUCUGCGUACUUCGUCAGUAAAACAGUGCACUAUUUUCACCCUGGAAAAUGCUUGUGCUUUGUGACAAUAUACCUUAAAGACAAACUCGGUAUAUACAGCGCCAUUCUUUAUUCAAUCGUUGUCUCUGUGUCAUUUAAUCCAAUCGUCUUCAGUUAUUACAAAGUGCUCAGAAAAAUUCGUGCACAUUUUGUCCAAGUCAGAUCUUCUUCCUUCCGUGAUGACGACAGCACAGUUGCCUUCGCCGAAGAGGUCAAGAUAACAACGAUGUUGUUCGCUACCAUUCUCGCGUUUUUCAUCUGUUGGACUCCAUCGGUUAUCAUAGAUUUUUAUGAGGUUAUUGCUGGCUACUACAAACUUCCACGACAAGUCUAUAUGUUAAACAUUUUUACUUAUGUAAGCAGCAGUGCAAUAAAUCCGAUAAUUUAUGGUUUCAUGAGAAGAGAAUUUAAAGAGGGAUAUAAAAGAGCCUUGUGUUUUAAGAGUUAA